AUGACUACGUUUCACUUCAGUGGCCAACAGCUAGAUUGUGACCUAGUGACAUCAAUUUCUUCCCUUCUUGACGAUGUCAAUGUCCCGAAUCUGCUUUGGGGCAAUUAUUUAUUAACCGUAUACGGAGUUCCAACAGUUGUUGAUGGUGUGUCCUUCGUCGUACCAGAUGCGCUUAUCGAAAUAUCCCUCUCCACCCUCGCUGAAGCUGGCUUUCAGCCCUGCUCUCGACCUUUCGCCUGCCCACAUUUGAAUUCGCGCCAGCCGCCCUAUAAACACCUUCAUAUCGAUGACGAGCUUGCGAUAUCGUUGUACCGGAAAUCUGAUGUGCUCUGGGAGUUUCCAGAAUUCGAGGCUGCUCUGGACCACACCAAUUUGAAUAUUAUGUGCGCGUCUGACGCAAGGCUUCCUCCAGCUACCCUAGGGCGCGGUCGAGGGCGAUUUCCACACUUUAGUUUCGUCCGAAUCCCGAGCGCCUCGAGAUAUUGUGAGGCUCUUAUUCUGUUGCUCUGUCGGGAUUACGGAACUGCCUGCGAGACUUACUGGAUGGCGAUCUUGACGUAUAUGCUAGAUUUUACCAUGCCUUAA